AUGCCUGGGCUGAGCAUAGACGUCUUGAAGCAGGGUAGAGAUUUGAAUCUCUGCUUCGUGGGGCUCGAGGGCGUGAGAGUCGUCUUCGAACUCCCUGGCUGUGACGGGCAGGCCAAGCCAGACGCUUCGAUAGAACCACCAUCCAGCAGUCAGAUAGCCCCCGAGACUUCGCUCGCCCCGUCGAAAGGAUCCUCUGCAUCUUCUAGUAUGCAAUUUCCUGCGAAUGGGGAUAGCAACAAGCAAAUGCACACACCAGCAUCACAAGAGGACUCAGUCAAGCUGUGUUCGACAGCACUACUAUCCGGCCGCCAGGGUCCCGAGACUUUGCUCACCCAGUCAACAACAGCGCUAGAAUCUCGCCCAAUUCAAGCACACGCAAUCCCAGAUAAGAACAGCAGCCAGCAGCCAAACAAGCCAUCUCAGGUCUCCUCGGCGGCGAGUACUCCGUUUCUCAAUACUCCAGAACCUGCCACUUCAGCCAAGUCUUCGCAAAUAUGCUCCCCUUCGUUGGUAGGUCUCGACGCCGGGCAUCCAGUUCCCAGACCAGUCCCCAGACCAACUACCGCAGUUGCUAUUGCCAUGAAGGCUACCUCACUCAGUCCCACCUCGGUUACGUCAACAUUCACUAAGGCGGCAUCGUCCCGGCCACAAGUGCCAGCAAUUACGGGGAAAAGGCCAUCCGACGCUCCAGCAUCAGCACGAUUGGAAAAGAAAAUCAAGCUUGAAGGAUAUACGGUGUCUAACGUGACAGCGCCCGAUCAGCGUUACGGUAUGCUGGGAUAUCUCAAAGAUAACCCCGUCAUCAAAGCCGAAGAAUCAGCCACCACAGCAGCCGGAUCUACUAAUUCUGGGUUGAAGACAUCUACUGUCACUCAAACCCAGUCCGUGGGAACUGACACAGUGUCCGGAGAUAGAGUGAAUCGAGGUCUUCAAGCACCACCUGAUAUGGCUGGCACAGUCAGCGUCGCAAUCCCCAAGGCCUCGCCAGAUUUAACGAUACAGCUUGAGCUCCUGGAAAAGAAAGUUGGGAAUACGAUGAAGAUGUUGAAAGACUUGAAGGGACCCGGUUGUUUUGGCGAAGAAUAUCUCACGACGCGGCGUCGUUCUUGGAGCAGUUUUCUAAUGGCAUUCCGAGAAGUAGAAAGCCUAAAGGCCAAGCAAGCCGAGUCUAAGAAGGCGCAAAAUCUACUGAGCAUUCAAAUUGCUGGCAAGGCUACGGAAGUGGUGGCCGAGGAGAAAACACAGUCUCGAGGAGAAAUGGAUGACAUAUAUGUCUAUGGCUAUAAGACUAUCCCUAUAUUAGGCAUCAGAACAUACGGGAAGCUUCACAUUGACCUGAAAGCUCGGUUGCUGCACUGGAAAUACAUCAACGAAUCCCGCUCUGAGCGUGUCGAUCUCUUCCCAAGCACGAAAGUGUCUUUGACCCGCACCAGUCCUGGAAUCCUACUGCUGGAACUCCGCACUUGUCGGAUGGGAAAAGGAACUUACUUUUCCAUCAAUGUCUUUGACGACCACAAGGUGCAUGGCGUGACUCGCAAGAGCGGCAACCCGGAUUACAGGAUGUCACAUACGGAGAACAACAGGUGGGUCUAUCCUGGCGUGGAGGAAAUCAUCAAAUCCUGCCGGCCACUCAGCGCGGCGAAGAGCAAGAUUGCCAUUUCCAGCGCGGCGACAGGAGUCAAGCCAUCAUAG